CAGAAAAUACCUUGCAAAAUCCCUUGAAAUAUGCCUCUCUGCCUUUGCAGACGACCAUAAACAUCAAGGAAGGCAGCAAACUGCAAACCCCCAUCCUGUCCCUCUCCCCCUCCCUUACCUUCCACUCUUGAUGGACACAGCCGCCAAGCUCCACUCUCCCACCACUCCCCUCCUCGCCCACGCCCACCAUGACGACCGCCUCUUACUCUGCUCCCCGCCGGCGGCCGUGGAGUUCCCUGUGCUCAAGAGCAGGGCGGCGCGGGGCGCGCUGCUGCUGGCGGCGAACUACGCGGCGUUGUUUGUCGGGUCGCUCUCGUCCAGCCUGCUCUCUCGGUUCUACUUCGCGCACGGCGGCGCCGACCGGUGGCUGGCCACGCUCGUCCAGUCGGCGGGAUUCCCGGCGCUCCUGCUGCCGCUGAUGUGCGCGCGGCGGCCGGCGUCACGGCCGUUCGCCGGGUUCACGCCGCGCCUGGUGAUGUACUGCGUCCUGCUCGGGCUGGUGAUGGGGCUCAACAACCUGCUCUACUCGUGCGGCACCUCGUACCUGCCGGUGUCCACCACGGCGCUACUCCUCUCCAUGCAGCUGGCUUUCACGCUGGCGCUCGCCGCGGCGCUCGUCCGCGUGCCGCUCUCCUUCGCCAACUUCAACGCCGUCGUGCUCCUCACGCUCUCGUCCCUGCUCCUCGCGCUCCGCCACGGCGCGGGCGGCGGCGGCGGCGGCGCGGACGCCACCAGCCCGGACUACCUCGUCGGCGUCGCGGCGACCCUCGGCGCGGCGUUGCUCUUCGCGCUCUACCUGCCGGCGGCCGAGCUCGUGUACCGGCACGGCGGGGUGACGGGCUUCCGGAUGGUGGUGGAGGCGCAGGUGAUUAUGGAGGCGGUGGCGACGGCCGUCGGCGCGGCCGGCAUGGUGUCGUCCGCGGGGGGCAAGUGGCCGUGGGACGGCGUGGAGGCCACGUGGGAUCUGUCGCCGGCGGCCUACUACGCGGUGGUCGGGGCGGCGGUGCUUAGCUGGCAGCUGUGCUUUCUUGGCACCGCCGGAACGGUGUUCCUGACGACGUCCCUGCACGGCGGCAUCUGCAUGACGGCGCUGUUGGCGGUGAACGUGGCCGGCGGCGUGGUGGUGUUCGGCGACGAGUUCGGGCCGGAGAAGGCGGUGGCCAUGCUGCUCUGCCUCUGGGCCUUCUCGUCCUACGUCUAUGGGGAGUACAAGAAAGGGGACAAGGCCAUGGCAAAUGAGGAGGACCAAGGGAUUCUGGAUCGGGUCUAAAUUUUGCUUUCAGAUCAGAUUAAGAAAAAAGAAAAAAAAAGAAAGAAGAGAAAGCACUUCUAGUCUUUUUUUUUCCCUUUCAUGUGAAUAACCACCAUGCACAUAAUGUGAAAAGUUACUAGCUUUUUUAAUGACCCUCUCUGGCUAUCUGUUAAUCUGAGUGUAA